AGUGAACCAAUCACCUGAGGCUGACCUGAGAAAUGGAGGGAAUAUUGAUGAUGUUUGCAGUAUUUGGGUGAAAUCCAUCUGAGAAACCAGCGGAGGACCUCUGGAAGAAGUUGAGGUCUCUAUGACACGUAGCAGACAGCAAGGGCGUGUGAUGCAGCCCCCUCAGCCUCAUCAGUCAGUCUAUCAACAGCCAAGCAGCAUGGAGAUAACAACACUGUGUGCUAUUGUUGCUGCUCUGAAAAUCAUCCCCAACAGAACUCAGUUCUUUCAAUAUGAUUCUGUCUCUCUGAGCUGUGGGGAGCAUGGAGACUCCUCCAAAUGGACAGUUAAGAGGAACACAUCCCAACACUUAAACGCAGAGUGCUGGACAAAAACAAAUGAAUCCCACUGCUUCAUCGAUGGCAUAUACCCGUCUGACAGUGGAGUGUACUGGUGUGAGUCAGGAGCAGGAGAGUGCCAUGAUGCUGUCAACAUCACUGUGACUGCUGGCUCUGUGAUCCUGGAGAGUCCAGUCCUUCCUGUGCAGGAGGGAGAAGCUGUGACUCUGCUCUGCACAAAUAUGGUAAAAUCAUCGUCCAACCUCACAGCUGAAUUUUAUAGAGAUGGUCUCCACAUCGGGAGCAGCUCUACAGGACACAUGACCAUCCACAGUGUUUCUAAAUCUGAUGAAGGUCUCUACAAGUGUAACAUCUCCGGAGCUGGACAAUCACCAGACAGCUGGCUGGCUGUCAGAGAAGCUGAGCAUCAUGAAUCUUUUCUUCCGCCCCUGUCACACAUUCUGCUUCCUGUGGUUGGCGUCUGCCUCUUACUGGCAUCUGUGAUGCUGUUCUGCCUACGGCGGAGACACAAAGAUGAAUUCGAUCCUGAUGUGUCGUACACUGACGUCACCAUCACCGAGGUGCAGCAACCAAAGAGGUACAAAGAAAUGGAUGCCACAUCAACUGUCUACUCAACAGUCAUACCAAGAGCCACCUGACAGAAACAGCAGAACCAAUGUUGAAAUCUAUUAAGAUUUUAUAUAUGUAUUUUAUUUAUGUAUUAAAUAAAUGUUCCAUGUCUUUUUAUAGAAAACACAGUGAAUUAGUAGUUUAUUGAUAAUUGUUGUCCGCUUUGUGUCUCACCUGAACAAGUUUGUAUUUUUGUAUUCUCAAUUUCUAACAUUUGCACUAAUAAACUAAACCUCAUCCACUUCACCAACAGGUGAAUAAGGUGUUGUAGUUGAACAAAUAAACAUGCUGGGAAACUUAGCCAAAAAUUUACAUAAAUAGAAAUGCACACAUGUUUUAAACCUGAGAGUAGACAAUGAAACAGAGAGCUCAGUGUCUGUUUCAGCUGUGGUAUCACUCACCUCUCAACACACCUACAGUAUCUGUUUUUCCAUGAGUGGGUGUAUAGUUUCAAAUUCUUUGCAAUCCUUUGAAUCUUAUUUUUAGGAGGACGAAGUAUCUAUUUAUAUAGUGUUAACUAUUUAUAACCUGUGAACAGAUAAUUCCUCACACCUUUGCCAAUGAUUUACUCCACUUCCUGUUUGACGUCAGCUGAUCAACACAGUCUAUUAGGCUUUAAUUUUGAUCAUGUUUCGUACACUUUUUAACACAAAUAAUCAUUGUGUCAACAUGGAUUGACAGUAUCUGCCUCACAUUAACAUGUAGGUAUUAAAAUUAUUGUGAAACAACAUUGUUAUAGAAAUCUUGAGCUUGUCUUGUAAUUAUACCUCCUGUUCAUACUGACCAUUAGAAGAUCCCUUCAUAAUGUACUUACAAUGGAGUGAUGGGGGACAAAA